AUGGACAUCGAAGCCAGUGCAGCUUCGGUCCAGAGCACUACCUCUAUCAGCGGACCGAGUCAUGAGCAUCCUGAAGCCAUUAUCGCCUGGCAGACAAGUCCAGCCACACCAGCAAAUUCAGGCCAAGUGCGUCGACGUGGGCUAGUGAAGGCUGAUUCAACAAUGGAGAGGACGAAGAUCGAACGUAAGGAGUACGGAUCCACGAACGCUUUUUGGCAGCAUUUCGAGCAUCGGAGGGAGCAAGGUGGGAAGGACCACUGCGUGCUGAUAGCAUGGAGGUCCUGCGCAAGCGCAUAUAUAGUCGACGUACCAGUGACCGACCCGGAGGACGAAGAACUUGUCUGGAACCAAAUCCGCGCACACUAUUACGCUCGAAGAGGCACUUGGAGAAAGUACAUUAGCCUUGCCGACGUCGAGAAAGUCGAACGUGUCAAGAUCCGCUUUGCAGGGUUCAAUGAGCAGAAGGAUGCUUUCAUCGGCAAGGUCGAGCCACUUGACACCUCUGGACGGCGCGAGACCCUCAAGAAAUCCGCAGAGCGAUGGAGGGCCUGUGUGGAUCCAAGAGAAGGGCCGGGAUGCGUCUAUAUCCCGAGCACAGACACCUGGGAGCAUGAUCAGCUGGACUGCCCUCUUGGUAGCCAUUCCGACCCCGAGCUGACCGGACCAUGCCCACUGGAGAGCGAGCAGAAAACCCUGAGUUGUUUAACGAUCAUGGAGGGACUCUGGUACUUGACUCAUUGCUUCCACGAUCCUUCGGUGGGAGCGCAACAGAAGUCCCUCAAUCUCGAGCCGGAUGAGCCUCUUAUACUACGCUACAGCGAUUUCCAGAGUACCGGCAACUAUCAACCACGCGAUGCAAUCUUUCGCGGUCUUUUACUCAGAGAACGUGAGGUUGGUAGCAUGUUUCUUGUGUCUGGUGUCAUGUUUGAAGGUCUUGUGUUGCUUGUGACCAUACUGCUGACGCUAGUUACCAGUUUUUGGUCGAACGACUUUAAUAUCGGCCUCUCAGCUGGCAAUCUAUUCGUGAAUUGGAUAUCAACUAUGCAUCAUCCACGCCGGCCAAAAGCAAACCCGGCACACCACAAUUCUUGGUAUGGGAAAGAAGGUGGCAAGGGCGAGUAAACGGAGCAAGAGCCGCUGAUAUUCCGAAACGAUGAGUUCCAUUUAUUACAGUACGGCACAGAGACCGCCUUUGAUUACCAAAUAUCUACAAAGCUUUCGAAAUUAUUUGGGUCCUGAAAUAGUCUAUUGUACCAGAAUGUGCCCCAAUAAGAGCACGACUCUGACCGUGCCUCCCUUCCCGAGCCGACAGCUAGUUGGCGCUCUCUUCGCCUAUCAUAUGCCAGCUUCGAUCGCUACCGAUCACCCGAGCACCUAGUGAGGAGCCUCCUCAGCUUAACUUAGCACCAGCGCCAUGCCCGUACCAGCCGCAUCAUCGCAUCCAGACGCGCGCCUGGUCACCACUAUGCCUCCGGGAUACCCAGACAGAAUUAG